AUGAAACAUGCAGUUCAUCGAGUUAUGUUGACCUUACCAAUGUCUAGUAAACCAAUAAAAUCGUCAAGGCCAAAAAAAUCUAAAGCUAAACGAUCGGGACGUUGUAAAAAUGCCACCAAAACUAAAGUUGUAGUUCGCCGCUUACCUCCUCUUCUUCCUGAAAAUUUAUUCAUGGAAUCCGUAAAGCAAUGGGUAAAUGAAGAGACCGUUGAUUGGUGUCGGUUCCAUCAAGGCCGAAUAAGCAAAAGUAAAAAUAAAGAGAACAUAUUUUCUCGUGCUUACUUUCAUUUUAGAAGUGUUGAGCAAGUUUUAGAAUUUCACCGUGGCAACGAAAAUAAAGCAGUAGUUGAAUUUGCAGUUUAUCAGAAAUUACCAAAAGACCAUAAGAAAUCAGACCCAAGACAAGGAACUAUUGAAAAUGAUCCUGAUUAUCUUGCAUUCCUUGAAUCUUUAAAGGUUGAUGAAAACAGGCAAGCCAUUUUAAAAGAACCAGGUACUGGAUUAGAGGGGGGCGCUACCCAAUUGGAAAGAUUAGAGGCACGCCUGACAAGUGCUAUCGCUACAGCAGCAUCCAACGUUAUCGAAAAGCCAAAAAGUACACCACUCCUUGACCAUUUGCGGGCUCAAAAAUCUGGGGCAAAAUCUAAAUCACCACCUCCAAAGCAAUCGCAAAUGACCGUCCUUUCUCCGCCUAGCUCUCCCGCAAAGAAUUCUGGAUCCAAAACCAAACAGAUACAACAAAUACGUGGGAUGCAGGUUUCUGAAGCGACCUUCCUUCCUUCCGAAACUACCAAGGAUAUUGAAAAAGUGCGAGAGAAAGAGAUGGAAGCUAUAGACGCAAGAGAUCAAGAAAAGUCCAAUGAAAAAUCAAAAGAUCGAAGUAAAGAGAAAGAAAGUUAUCGUGAGAGAGAUCGCGAGAAAAUAAGAGAAAGAAGAAAGGAGCGAGAAAGGCAAAGGUUGAAAGAGAAACAGAAGGCCCAAGUGGGAGCUGCCAAAUCAGAAACUCCUGUAGUUACUAUUCUGACUAAACCGCAAGUAGAAGAAGAUAUAAAAGCAGACGCAAAAGAUAAAGAUGUCAAGAGAAGCGCACCCGUAAAAAUUACCAUUCAACAACGGCAAAAAGAUCAAAUCAGACAAAUUAUCAAAGAGUCUGUUAAAGAACCAUCUGUAGCAGAAAGCUCCAUCGAAACAUCACCACCAACCACAACAACGUCAACUGCAUCUAGUACAUCUAUUACCUCUGAGACAAAAGAACACUCUUUCAAUCGUCGUCGUGAGAGAGACCGUAGCAGAAAACCCAGUGUCGACAGCAAACAACCUGUUCAAAUUCAAAUAUUAACAAAAUCUCAAUCGCAGGUUACGUCUGAAGAGGAUGUGGCGAUCACUAAUACUCCUUUAUCAGCAGAUACUACAGACACUUCUAAUUUGGACAAUCAACAGCAUACGCCUAAUAGUAACAGUCAGCAUGGUGGUAUGCCUCCUUUAAGACAACGGGGCGGUAGAGGGUAUUUUGGAAAGCGAGCUAGGUGGUAA